CAGAGACAUGCGGGCUACAUCAACAGAAGCUGAUGGAGACUGACCAUGGAAAAUGAGGUUGACCCGGAUGAGGAAGAUGUGCACUCUGUUUUGGCUCAGGAAUCCACCCAACUCUCUCACAUCCUCAGCUGUCAAUCGCCCAGCGUUAUAAUGAAGUUGUGUGAUAUGAUGCCUGGCCGUGCCCAAGGGCAUGCUGACCCACUGGCCCUCACCAGCUCAGCAGCAGCAGUACAAGAAUGCAUCAAAGUGAUGUUGGAGUACUACAGGAUGGGGAACACUGCAGUUUGCCAGAGCUUUUUGCAGAGUGUGUGUAUGCUGUGUGAGAACAUCCCUAUGCACCUGGAGUCCAGACUGAUGUCGGUGGCUGGAUAUGCAACCACUGAUGCUGUGCCUCCUCCAACAAGAGGACCAGCUUCUCCCAGAAACAGAGAUGCUAUUGAAAGGGGUGGCCCCAGCUUUACAGUUGAGACAUCUUCAUCGUCACCUUCACAAGAGCAAGCCAGCAAACGCCCACGACUUGACUACUGGGAGCACUACAACACUGAGGUGAAGGGUGCGCUGCUGAGGAGGUGGGAGCGACUGAGGAACCGUCUGGUGAAGGAGGUCCAGCUGGAGGAUGUAUGGGUCAGCCCAAGACAUGCAAACAGAGGCAGGGAGAGGCCUGAUCAGACUCCUUGGCCAGGAGACAGGGGGAGCAGAACACCAGAUCUUUAUGGAGAUUAUGGGUCUGUGGAGGCCCGAGUUACACUGGACUCCUUCCUCCAGGGAUCUGCAGGGCAGGUCACAGUUUUGUUGGGCAAGGCUGGAUCAGGCAAGACUCUGCUCAUGUCCUGUCUAGGGCGACAUUGGGCACAGGGCCUGGGCCCUAUCCCCUCAUCCUACCUCUUCAUCCUGCUCGAGUUUCGUCAGCUCAACCUGCUGUCCCACCGUCUCUCUCUGUCUGAGUUACUAUUUCAAUACUUCCUGCCUCUACCAGGGGACGAUGAGAAGAGAAUGGUUUUGGAUUACCUCCUUUCCAACCCAGAGCAAAGCUGUUGGGUGCUGGAUGGCUAUGAUGAGUUUCACAGUAAGAUCACCAGAACAGAAACACAAGGAAACAGAGAGCUGUUGGACCCACAAAUGCUGCUGCCCAUUGAAGAGCUUAUCUCAGGGUUGUUAAGUCGUUGGAUUCUCCCAGGAUGCACCUUGAUAGUCACCUGCCGUCUGCGUGAUUUUGUGGACUUGGAAGAAAUGGCCGAUAAUGUGGGGGAGCUGAUGGGGUGGGAACACCAUGAUGUCAAGGAGUACAUUGAGAGUUACUUUGGUGUAAAAGGACAUGCAACAAGCAAAGCUGUUGGGGAGCAGGCAGUGGAUCUCCUCCUGUCUAGCCGACACCUCCUUGACAUGUCCUCCCUCCCCGCCCUCUGCAACAUCUGCUGUGUCUGCCUGGAGUACUUACUGCUAGGAGAGAGAAGAGACCAGUAUAGACAAAGACAAGAGGAAAAUGGAAGCAAGAGAAGAGAAGAAAUGAGAGGACGAGGAGAGAGAGAAGCACAGCAUGGAGACAGCACAAAUGUACAAGAGGGCAGCGCAGGAAGGAGUGAAGAAAGAAAGCAAGAACAAGGAGGAGGAGGACAUGAAGAUGUAACAAGCCCCAGGGCUAAUGGAGGAGCAGAGGCAGUGCAGAUACCCCUCACCCUUACGCAGGUCUACCUCACUGUUCUUGGGGCAUUUCUGAGCCAAGGCCCUUGGACUGGAGAUGAUAGAGGAGGAAGGGCCACAGAUGAUGAGGCCAGGUCCACAGCACCUCUACAGAGUACAUUACUGAUGACUCUGAGGCGAUGUCGGUCUGUGGUGGAUGAGUUGAGUCUCCUGGCCUGGAGAGGUUUAGAGGAAAGCAAGAUUCUCUUCAUGGAGCAAGACUUUUCUCCGGAUGUUCUUGAGUUCUCCGUGAGGACAGGACUCCUCUUACAGGUGGAGCUGAGACAUGAGGAAAGGGUCCCAGCCUACUGCUUCGCUCAUCUGACAAUACAGGAGUUUCUGGCUGCGCUCAGAAUCAUUACCAGUGAUGAUGUUACUGAGGCACAGCUUAAGAGGAGAUUCAACCUAAAGACUCGUUGGACCACCAAGUCAGACCGAAAGACGGUCUUUACUGACUCUCUGCACAUCUAUUUGUGUGGUCUUGCUUCAUCACAAUGCACUAAAUCUCUGGCUGUGUUAGCUAAAGGUUGUGUUGGACCGAGAGCCCUGAAAUGGGUCCAAAAACGGCAAGCCCUGGUUGUGAAACUGCUAAAAAACCUGUCUGGCAGCAACACUCUGACAGGGCUAAAGGUAUUACAGCUUUGCCACUGUGUCCAGGAGACUCAGGACUGCCAACUGGCAAAGGAGGUUAUGGGUACAAGACCCAUACUGGAGCUACGUAACAUCCGCCUGUUGCCUAGUGAUAUUGAUGCACUUGCAUUUGUGGUUGGCUCAGUUGGUGACACUGGUGUUGGUUUGGACUUUGGAGCAUGUUCAAUGGAUGCGGAGUGUUUGGAUGUCCUGUCAAACUGUCAGUACAUCUACUACCUCAGUUUUCGCAGUCGCAAGUAUAAUGACAAGUUUGCCGAGAAGCUGUCCUCCAUUUUGCCCAAAGUGACAACUCUGAGAAAACUAGAGUUUUCCGGUGCCAGUCUGACUGAUUUGGGAGCAGCUAAACUUGCCUCGGCCCUACAGAACUGUCCGAACAUCACUGAAAUCAAUCUGAGUGACAACAACCUGACAGACCAAGGGAUCAAAUUCGUAGCAGAGAUCUUUGAUAAACUACCAAGUCUGGCCUCUGUAAUGCUGGGUGGAAAACACAGCUCUUUGGAGGGAGUUAACUACCUCAUAGAGAAAAUGACUUCAUGUGUGAAUAUCCAACAAGUCCAUGCUGAUGGGAUGAAAGAAAUUAAUGUGACUUUCUCCCAGAGCUCAGAAACAAGCAGCCAUAAAAAUAACUCCGGACCAACAGUCAGCUUAUUGAACCAGUCAUGGAACAAAGCCAAGAUGCAAAGACUGAGACAGUCCUUGUCCUGCUGCCCUUCCCUGUCUGUCCUGGAUCUGUCAGGAAGCCAGUGGGAUGUUGGAACUUUAAGGUCUCUGGUUGAGUUUUUGCCCAUGCUCAACAUCACCAAAAAGUUAAUUGUGGAUAACAGCUGUUUAUCAGUGGAGGGUUUGAUGGUUCUUACCACUCUGCUUUCUAUUUGUCCGGAUGUGAUGGAGCUUAACAUCAGACUACAGAGCCCUGACACUGUGUCUGUAAUCUUCUCUGGAGGCACAGAUCAGCUGAAACAAGAAAUAACCAAGACGCUCUGUUUGAGCUGCUGUGGUCUGUCGUCUACUGACCUGAGCACAGUGUGGAAAGGUUUGGGACCGUCCUCUGACCUCCUCACACUGCUGGAUUUGUCCAGUAACUAUUUAGGCAACAAGGGCCUGAAGAAACUGUUGGGUCUCCUGUCUAAUCUUAGCAACAUCCAGGAAAUCAAUGUCAGUAAGAAUAACAUCAACAUGGAAGGAGUGGUGAUGCUUGCAGGCACUCUCUGCUGCCAUCACAACUUGGCAGAAGUUCACAUCAGUGAUGGAGGCAAAGAGAAAGUGAUCCUGAAGUUCUUCACUCACAAAAGUGAUGAAGAACAGCAGCAUAAGAGGUUCAGGGUAACCCACAGCAGCAUCCUGCCUUCGGAAUUGACCAAGCUGUGUAGGAAAUUGAUUCAGUGUCCUUCCCAUCUGGAGCUAGAUUGUUCACAUAGCUCACUGGAUGACAAGUCUAUCGAGAAUUUGCUCAAAGUCCUGCCGAAGAUGACAUCUCUGCAGAGGCUGAAUCUGAGCAACAACAAUCUGACACAGCAUAGGUUGCUAGAUGUGGCCAGUACAUUUUGUACUUGUGACAGAGUCUCUGCUGUAGAAGUCAGUUUGGGGGUGGAGCAGAAGUCGCUCAUCGACUUUGGACAAGAUGGAAGUCGUGACAAAACUCUAAGCAUCAGAGACAGUAAUUUGGAGUCUGAACACCUGAUCAGACUAGCAGAAAUCAUCUCCCGGUGUCCCAGUCUGACCAACCUGCAGCUGAGCAACAAUUUGAUUCAGUCACAGUGGGUUGAAGAUAUGAUGAAACUACUCAGCAGCGAUCACAGGAAAUGCUGUGUCAGUAUCAACGAGGACUGGAUCAAAUCAGAAGCAGCUGUUAGUUUGGUGUGUCGCUGUCUGGACCUCAGCAGCAACAUACACACCAUCAGAGUGUAUCAAACCACACUACAUAUGUCUUUGAUGAAGUCUGCUGAAUUAACUGCAAUCAGCUUUGUGGACUGUGCAGUUGAAGGGUGCCAUCUAGCAGCCAUGAGCAGUAUCACCCAGAGGUGUCCUCUACUGACAGAGCUGGAUCUGUCCCACAACCGCCUGGGUACAGAAGGCGCUGAGUUCCUCUGCUCUGUCCUGCCCUUGCUGCCAAAUCUCACCACCCUCAGUAUUAGUUUGAAGGAGACAGAUGCAAGAGGCAGUGCUGAUGUGGUUGUGCAGCUGUCAGAGGCCCUGAUGCAGUGUCCAAGCAUCCAGCGCCUAAAUCUGUCAGGUCAUGUCAUCAGUGACAGAGGCGCUGAGAUUCUGGCCAGAACAUUUGAAUCGCUGCCCUGUCUCAGAUCAAUUAAUCUGUCCCGUUGUCGUGGAUGGACGGUAUCUGGACAGCUGCACUUGGUCAGAGCAUUGGGACAGUGUUGCAGUCUGGAAGAGCUGUGUCUGGACUUGGUUGCUCUGGAUGAAGACAGCAGGAUGUGUCUGGCCCAUGGAUUAUGCAAAACCAAGUCAAUAUGCAAACUCAAUCUCAAUAAAGUCGCUACAGUGACGGGACCAUCAGAGGCAAAGGGCAUGCCUGAUCUUCUAGCUGCUAUGGAGGGACACCCACACAUGGAGGCAAUAGAGCUGCAGGGCUGGAGGAUGGCUGACACAGGGGUGGAACAGCUGACCAGACUCUUUCCUGCCUGGACUGACCUCAGGAAGAUCAGUCUUUCAGAGAACCUUAUCGAUGACCAAUCAGGAGCGAAGCUGCUGGAGGCUCUGAGGAGCUGUAAUCAGCUGCGUGAGCUCCAUCUCUCCAGAAACAGACUUGGUGAUGUCACUGCUUGCAAAAUGGCCCUGGUUCUGCCUGCGCUCACGUACCUUGCCGUGCUAGACAUAUCAGAGAACAAUCUAGGUCAUGAAGGGUCUGUGAGUCUUUCCAAAGCACUAGUCUAUAUGAAGAACCUCACCAAGAUUAAUCUGACCUCCGUUGGGACUUCGGAGCUGUGUGCCGUAGCCGCCAGUCUGGCCCACUGUCACCUCCUACAGGAUGUGAGUUUGGGGUGGAACAGUUGUGGUGAUGAUGUAGCAGUCCAGUUGGCCAAAGUUUUGCCACUUUGUCAGAGGCUUACCACAUUAGAUCUGGAGUCCAACAGAGUGAGUGUUUCUGGUGCAGAGGCUCUGGUUCAAGCCUUACGUUCCUGUCCUGCUGUGCAGCUCAUCAGGCUGUGGAGGAACAGCAUUUCCAACAGAGAUGCUCCGAGUCUCACAAUGAAGGACAGGAGGCUCAGUUUCUCACCCACCUGAUCUGGCUUCAUUUGCUCUGACUCGGAGAAGUAACCAUUCGAACUUACCACUUUGUGCAAAGAUGGAUUAGUGCUUCCGUACAACCAUCAGAAACCAAGGGGACUGAUUUUUUAAGUCUUGUGUUAAAAUUCAUAUGAAGUACAUGAGUUGUGAAUUCCGUGGAUGAGAAGCGAUCUGGUGAGAAGGUCAUGUGAAGUUUUGUCACCAGCUUGCUGUAAAUGGCAGCUUAGCAUGUGCCAUGCUGAAGUUAAACAUCCAGCUGAAUCCAAAGACUUGCUAUGGAAACAGUGUAAGUGGUAUUGCAAAUUACAAUUCAGUACACAUGAUAAAACUACUGAUUGAA